AUGAUAGCCAAAAUUGUUUAAAAGCUUCGUUCGUUGACUAUGAAAAGUUAAAUCAUUUUAUUCAAUGUGUUAACUCUUGUGAUUGUACUUUAAGUGGUUUGGAUAAAUUAUUAUGUCUAAACUUAAAUAUUUUCAUCAAUAUCCUUUAGUUCAUUAUAUUAAAUACUUUAGAAAUAAGAUUAAGAUAAAAUUGGAUUUAUUGCUAAAAAUGUAGCAUUAAUUAUAGAACUGAAAUUUUUGUCAAGUUUUAAUUUAAUUUAAUUAUUUAGUUCUUACAUAAAUGGAGUAGAUAAAGGAAUUUUAUAUUUUUUUUGAAAAAGAAAAAGAAAAUAUAGUAAAUAAUUAUAAAAUGGAUUCAUGCAUAUCAAUUGAAGAUUAUAUUAAUGAUAAUACCUCCCUUUACACACCUAAAUUUUGUUAUUAAGCAAUUGGAGUUCCAGAUUAUGUUACUAUUCCCUAAAAUGAAACAGGAAUUUAAAUUCUUCAUGAUUUUAUUUCUUUUCUCAAUCAUUAUAGUUUUUCUUUGGAUGUUUCUUUUAGUGGAAUGAUAUAAAUAUCAUCAGUAUCAAAAACAAAAUAUUUUAGUCAAUUUCCUUUUUGUUUUUUAUUACCCUGGUUUGAUAUUACUUCAUUACCAUGGUAUAAUUUUAAAUAUUAAUUUUUAGGUAUUAAAAUCAUUUAUUAAAAACUUCAGAAAACGAAAAAGAGGGUUUUAUUUUCUCACCUUUGAAUGAUUUUUUCAUUACAAAAAUUAAGGAAAUGUCAAUUACAAGUUCUCUAUAUUCUGAUGGCAAUAUGAUUGGAAUUAUAAGAGAAGGUUUAAUAAUUAGUGAUUAUUUGAUACCAACGGUUCCAUAUAAUGUUUUAUUGUUAGAUUAAGAUGGUUUAGUUGUUUAUUUUAACAUUGAAUAACUUAGAAAUAAGACUGAUUAUUUUUACAUAUAUGACUAAAAUGUAACUGGUUUUAAUAAAACUGAUUGGGAAGGCAUGAUUUAAUUUUCAAGUUAAAGGGAAAAAGUAAUUUUGGUUUUAGAGAAUAAAUUAUAAGAUGAAAAAGUUAAUGUUUAUUCUCUUUAAGUUUUAAAGAAUAAUUUCACUCUUAUUGUGUAUUAUUAUUAUUUAUGAAAGCUAUACUAAUAUAACUACAAAAAUAGAUUCACAGAAUUAAUCAACAGCAAUAAGAGAAACAUCUUUUAUUAAUUUUACUAUUUCAUUAUUUGGAUAAAUACUUUUAGGAUUUGUAGCUAUAAUACUUUAAAUCUUUGUACUAUUAAUAGUAUUUAAGCCUUUAAAAUAAUUUAAUUCAAUUAUUAAACAAUAUACAUUAUCUUAAGGUAAUAACGUUAAUAGUGAAAUAUUUAAAAUGAUUCAUAAAAAGACAUAAGAGUCAGAUGCCUUAACAACUCUAUAGAAUAAAAUCCUCAAUUUCUCUUAAAUCUUAUCAGAAAGAUAAGGUAAAAAGUGUGAUAUGUGUAAAAUUUGGGAAUCUUUUGCUUUUAAUGAAAAAGAGCUUCAAUUAGAUAUUGAUUAAAUUAAGAACUAAUUUUAGAUAUUAUAAAAUGGAAUGUAAGAAUUCGAACCUAAAAUGUUAAAAAUUAUAAAAUAAGGAAUUAAAUGA